GUUCCGAUUCAAUGAAAUCUCGUGCUUUCUCGCGGUGCGUCAUUGCUUGAAACUUGCCCAUGAGCCCUUGCGAUUCCUCUUUCUAGCCGGCGCCUGAGAAUGGGUAUCUCAAGGGACAACUGGCAUAAACGCCGCAAGACAGGUGGUAAACGGAAUCCCGUCCACAAGAAGCGGAAGUAUGAGCUCGGACGCCCUCCAGCAAAUACAAAGAUUGGAGCACGUCGCAUCCACACAGUGAGGGUUCGUGGAGGAAACAAGAAAUACCGUGCUCUGAGGUUGGAUGUCGGCAACUUUUCAUGGGGCUCAGAAUGCUGCACCCGCAAGACCAGGAUCAUUGAUGUGGUGUACAAUGCCUCCAACAACGAGCUGGUGCGAACCAAGACUCUUGUGAAGAACUGCAUCAUCCUUGUGGACAGCACUCCUUUCAGGCAGUGGUAUGAGGCCCACUAUACAACUCCCCUUGGACGCAAGAAGGGUGCCAAACUGAGCCCUGAAGAGGAGGAGAUUCUUAACAAGAAGCGAUCCAAAAAGACCCAAAAGAAGUAUGAUGAGCGCAAGAAAAAGAGCAAGAUCAGUCCCCUCUUGGAUGAGCAGUUCCAGCAGGGAAAACUGCUUGCGUGCAUUGCCUCACGACCUGGCCAGUGCGGCAGAGCUGACGGCUACGUCUUGGAAGGUAAAGAACUGGAGUUCUACCUGAGGAAGAUCAAGGCCAAGAAAGGCAAAUAAAUGCACAGCUCUUUGAUACUGCUCCAAUUAAAAGACAAGAAAAUUA